AUGGUCAGAAAAGCAACGCGCACAUACGAAUGCGCGCGGUGUUCGCGUCCAUUUGCGCGUCUGGAACAUCUCCAGCGCCAUGAACGAUCACAUACCAAAGAGAAACCCUUUGGUUGCGACAAAUGCCCAAAGUCCUUUACGCGAAAGGAUUUGCUGGUGCGCCAUGAGCGUCUCGCCCAUAGUUCACCUCCAGUGGCGCCAACCCCAGAGUCAAUUCCGUCAGCACCCCCUCAAGAGGUGUUUGAUGGUCUCAACGUGUUAGCCUCCGCUGUCGCAGAUCAUCCAUUCUCUUCCGCCAGUGGAGGCGACCGAAACAUUUUGUCCCCGGCGCACGAGUCAUUCCCAUCUACAUCAGAGGCCGAGCCGGUCCCGUUUAGUGAGCCUUUCGCGUACGAAGGGGAUGACUUUACGUCUUUCCUAGACAGCAUUCCCCUGCCGAGUCAUCCAUACUCGCCAACAUACCAGCCACUACCGCUCUUUCCUCCACUCCAGUUCGACUCGGGGUCGGAGUAUCCUUCGACAAUUGGCCAUGACGGGACAGUAACACCUCGUGGUUCUGUGCUUCCACGCCAUGGAACACAGCUACCGUCAUUGCAGCCUGAAGAAUCACAUCCUCCGUACAGGAACCGUCCGCCCAAGGCUCCCAUCGCGGUUACCACGCAAUGCCGCGACCGAAUUGUCAAUGAACUCCAGCGCUAUACCAACGUGGUUCCGGAUCUAACGAUUCCUUCUCGACAUGCGCUUUCUCGGUGUCUGACGGGGUACGUCUCUGGAUACCAUGACCAUUACCCUUUCCUACAUAUGCCUACGUUUGACACAGAGUCAUGCCCGUCCCACCUGAUACUCUCCAUGGCGGCUCUGGGAGCCCAGUACUGCAGAGAGCAUGAUACGAGUAUGAGCAUUUUUCGAGUCGCCAAGGCCGUCACUUUGGAGCAUAUUCGACGAGACCUUCAGUGGAAUGGUAACCACUGUCAUCCCAAUAGCGCCUCAUCAACCGACCAAAGCCAGGAUAUUCUUGAGACUGUCCAAUCUCUGCUAAUGCUAAUAUCGGUCUCCUCAUGGUUCGAGCAUUAUCCACCUCACCACGAAGCCCUUUAUAUGCGCAGCCUUAUGGAGACUUUGCUUAGGAAAGACGGGUUGAAUGAGUUGCCGCGUCAGGACGGAACAUGGGAGAGCUGGAUUCGGAAUGAAAGUGCGAAACGGACAAAGUUGAUCGUGUUCUGUUUCUAUGGUAUCCACACAAUUGUAUUUGACCUACCGCCCAUGAUUUUGACAGAGGAGAUCACGCUCGAUCUGCCGUGCACUGAGAAGGAAUGGACAGCCACCAGUGCCAGCCAAUGGUUAGAGAUACGGGAAAACGGUCGUGCAAGUCCUCGAAUGCAAGUCGCUCUGAACUCCUUGUUUACCCGAACUCCGGGCACGGGAGAAUGCGAAAGCUUUACUUCUCUUGGCGGCUACGUUCUGAUUUACGCCAUCAUCCAGAAAAUCUGGCUCAUCCAAAAGGCGUGCCGGGUUCCGUUGUCUAACAGCAGCUCGCUAUCCCCUGCGCAAAUCUCAGCGUUGGAACAAGCCUUGGAAAACUGGUGCCAGUGCUGGGAGCGCAACCAAGAGUCCUCGAUAGAUCCCUUCAACCCUAACGGUCCCAUAUCAUUUACAUCAACGGCCCUUCUCCGCCUCGCAUACAUUCGCCUGAAUGCGGAUUUUAGUUCCGCACGUCGCCUACAGACUUGGGAUCCAGACGAAAUAGCACGAUCUCUUCGAGAAAACCUCUCAGUACAGCGAGGUGACCGGUUGACGCGUGCCGCUCUACAUUGUGCCCAUGCACUCAGCACACCAAUAAAGCUGGGCAUCAAUUAUGUCGCACGCACACUGGUCGUCUCAUGGUCCAACCAAUACGCUCUCUGCUCCUUCGAAUGUGCCGUGUUAUUGGCUAAAUGGCUGGAGAUCGCUAACGUCCCGAAUCCCCAACCGAAGUUGACGGAGCAAGAGACAAAGCUUCUCGAAUUUGUGCUGGAGAUGGUUAUGGAGGUGCACCACGGAGUAUCACGGCCAUGGCUUCUGGCGAAUAAUACUCGAUUGAGUGCAGCUGUGACGCGACUUUGGGCAAGGUUAUUCACGGCUGAUUAUAUCUAUGAGCUCGUCAACUUAAUCGGGCGGUCGCUGAACCGGUAUGCAGACAUUCUGGACGGCGCAGAAGCUUCUUGA